AUGUUCCCAUUGCUAAGUUCAAAUGAGUCAAACCGGAAGAUAGCCAUUGCCGGGAGCCGGGCUUUCCCAAAGCAAACUUACAUAAGCAGCCGCAGCCGCCUCCUUAUUCCGGAGCAGCUGCGACAAUGGCGGCCACACCACUUCCCUCUUGCGACCGCACAACUUGGGAGUGGGGAAGACAGGGCCCGGCACCGGACCUGGGGCGCAGCCCGCGCGUGGGUAGCCCACGCCCGCAUUUCGCAGCCCCUCCCCUGCGCGGCGCCCGCCAGCGACCCGCCACUUUCCCUUGCGUGGUCUGCCACUUCUCCGGGUGGCGGCGCGGGAGCGAGGCUCAUCCUUGGCCCGCAGCAGCCCCGGCGGCGCGACGAGCACGGGAACGGGCAUGCGGCCGGUUCCGCAGCCCCGCGCCGCGCCGCGCCCUGCUCCGCCCGCGAGCCCCGAGCUCGCGCCCCGCGCACUCCGCGGCCUGCGCGUCUGGUCCUCCCGCGCCCUCCCGCGGCCAGGGGCGGGGGCGGCGCGCGGCCGGCUCCCCGGAGCUCCGCGGACGCAGGCGGGGGAGCGUGCGCGGGGGUCCCGUCUGCUCCGGGGAGUGGGGGUGGGUGGGUGAGGACAGCUGCGAGGGGCGGCGCCCCGCGGGCUGCGCUCGGGCCCGGCUCGGCCGUCCCCACCCCCACCGCGGUGCACUGCGGCGCGGAGAGCGGGGCGGCCAUGAACUCGGCCGCCGGGCGGGCGAGCGAGCGAGCUAGCGAGCGCGCGCGCGGGCCGCCGCCUGGCCUCUCCUCCACCCGCUCGCUGGCCUGCGCGGUCCCCGGGGCGCCCGGCCCCCACGCCCAACCGCGGCCCACGCCCGAUCCCGCUCGCACCGCGCUGCGCCGCCACAUCCUGCAGCUGGCUGCUGCCCGAGCUCGGCGGGGACGCGCCUCCUCUCUGCCGCCCCGCCGCGCCCGCCGCCGGCUGCCCCCGCGUCCCCGCGCCCGCCCCGGCCCUUUCAGCACCCGGCCCGCGCUUACCUGCAGCCCGAAACAGCCACAGACGCUCGCCGUGGGCUCCCGCUUUCGGCAACGCGCAGGCCGGGACGGGAUGGACGCGGGGGCACGGGGAGCAGUCAUAGCACUCUGUCUUGGUGUUGUGGUGUGAGGCCACAGAGGGAUGGCUGAAGUUCACGGUGCUGGAGCAUGGCUAGCUUGCAAUUGUCUCCACUGCUACCAACGCUGCUGCUCUUGGACCACACCUGGAGGGGCCUCACUCCUCCCGGACUUACUGUCAACCUCAUGUAUAGAGAUGGUCCUUUAGCAUAUGGGAAAUAAUCUGCCCUGUGUUUUGACCAAGCUAAUGAAAUUAAAUUAGUUCAGAAGAGUUCAUAAGCAUUAGAAGUGCCCGAUAUUUUUAGUUUCGUAUCAAUUAUUCCUUGCAUUUAUGUUCAUACUACCUGUGCUCUGCCUGCCUGGCCUUUGCUUAUCACUGGGACUCAAAGGAACAAGUCUAAUAAAGGGACUAUUCUCAUGGGAAGGAGGAGUAGGGAUGGGAAAUCCCUGCCUGUGCCAGCACCCUUAGCACCUAUGAGAUUCAUAGAAAAUGCCAGUUGACAGCAAGAAUCAACCAGGAAUUCAGUGUUAAAGGAUGCAUUGUGAAGUUGGUAGGGAUCAAGGCCCUCCUGAAAUACAUUGAAAUAUGAAGCC